CUGAUUACCGCGAUACUCGGGGGAACAACGCAUUGAGGAAUUAUUCGUAUGUCCAGUGGUGAUUUUGAUUCCGACAAUUUCACAUCUGAAUCGUUCGUAAAGAACUGAGCAAUUUUUUUCGCACACCGAACUUACCGCAAUCGUGGCUGUUACGAUCGAAGAUGCGGGACAGAGUGUUCUUCGAAGCCAUUUUGGUGGCGUUUUUUCUGAAACUGGCGAGUGGAGGUCCGAUGAAAAACGAGACGGCAAUGUUGCCGGGAAAUGAAUUUUUCAACAAUUUACCGGAAUACAUUCGGCGAGAUUUUCUAACAUUCGAAUUGGGACGUGGUUACAUCGCUGAUAUUUACGAAAGUGAUAUAAUGGGCGAUCCGAUCGCUGAUGAGCUACUGAUCGUUUUUCCCGACUCUUUGGCCAUACCGGAUAAACUCAUCGAUAGACUUGAGGCUCUGGAUGUCCCGGAGAAAUUCGCCAGCAAUUUAUUAAAUUUCGUCAAAACGAAAUUUAAUCUAGAUCGUCAAGGUAUCCGAACUUUGAUUAUAUCUCGAACUUAUUGCUUCGAAGUCGGUUUUUGCAUCAAUAUAGAUGACGUGGGCGCAUUCUGUUGUCCGUUUUAACAAAA